GGGCAACAGGGCCUGUCAUUCACGACUAAAAAUAGCCGAAAACAUGAAGCUUGAGGUUGAAGUAAUAUCCAAAGAGAUUAUCAGGCCAUCUUCCCCAACUCCUCAUCAACUUUGCCAUUACCAACUCUGCUCACUUGAUCAAUUAGCACCACCGGUUUAUAACCAUCUGGUCCUAUUCUACAAGAACAAAAGCGAUAUCCAAAUCGACAACAUCAAGAAUGUUCUUGACCACCUUAGGCUGUCCGUAUCCAAAGCCUUGACCUAUUUCUAUCCGCUUGCUGGACGCAUUAAAGAUAACUUGUUCAUAGACUGCAAUGAUGAGGGAAUUCCCUUUAAGGAAGCCCAUGUCAAGUGCCGACUUGCUGAUAUUCUACAAAGUCCAGUCCCUAAAGAACUCAACAAAUUGUUUCCUUUUGCUCUUGAUAGUGCUGCAGAAUUGCCAAUGGGAAUCCAGUUCAACACUUUUGAUUGCGGAGGGAUAGGAAUUGGCUUGUGUAUUUCACAUAAAAUUGGAGAUGCCCUAUCAUAUUUUACGUUUCUGAAUACAUGGGCAGACAUUGGUCGUGGGGAUGAUCAGAAAAUAGUUUUGCCAGAAUUUGUAUCAACCAAGCUCUUCCCCCCACGGAUCCUUUCACUACCUGAGCCAGUGGUGGACACAAAUAAAAAAAACAUAGAGACGAAGAGGUUUGUGUUCAGUGCCUCUAAAAUUGAGGAAAUCAGAGCAAAAUAUGCUGAAAGCGGAAGCUUAGAAAACCAAAAGAGACGCUCUUCACGUAUUGAGGCCUUGUCAGCUUUCAUAUGGAGCCGUUUCAUUGCCUCAACCAAGGAAAGAUCAAGCCCUGAUGGCUUCUACACGAUUGUUCACACAGUUAAUUUACGCACAAGAUUUGAGCUGCCGCUGUCAGAUCAAUCUUUUGGAAAUAUUUACCAUGUUGCAAUAACUGUUCCAUCCAUGGACAGUGAAAAAGAUUGUGAUAAUCUUGUUAGCCAGAUGAGAGACUCUAUAAGAAAAAUCGACAAAGUAUUCGUGGAGAAACUUCAAGUUGGAGAGGAUUUAUUCGAUUCAACCAACGAAGGGGAUGAAAAUUUCAAUAAGGGAGAGAAGAUUCCCUUUGUCUUCACUAGUUUAUGCAAGUUUCCUCUAUAUGAAGCUGAUUUUGGUUGGGGAAAACCAAUAUGGAUCAGCUCAGCUACCUUGAGUUCCAAGAAUCUAGUUGUUUUCAUGGAUACUGCAUCUGGUGAUGGCAUAGAGGCUUGGAUUAAUCUAACGGAGGAAGACAUGGCUGCAUUUGGAAUUGACGAUGAAUUGCUUGCAAGUUUCAACAACUAAAAGCUGUUAAAAUAAGAAUAACUCAA